GGAAAAUUGUCGUGUUCAAGUUUUAUUGAACGUCAACUGCACCGCAUUUACCUGUUCGCAUGUCCAGUACUGCAACUGCAGUGUACCCGGGAGGUCUGGCUCACUGGUAGGUCCUCCAUAUAUUACAUCUCCGCGAGUUUUGGAUGGAGUUCUAACAAGUUCAGCCACUCUCCCUUCGGGCGAGUCCUGCCGUGGACCAGGCACAACCAGUUUGGCUAGACCGGACGGAAAAACUCCCGAGUUCUGCCAGAACACUAGUGACCACACAUUGCUUGGCACCGAUAAAGAUGCGAUAGCAUCAAUAACUUUGGAACAGUUCUCACAAUGCGUUAUCACUCCCUUGUGGCAGCUCUGAGCCUCGGGUCAACAGCUCUAGCUCUCCAUGACCAACAAUUUCCCGUUAGCACUACUGGAGAAGCUUGUGUUCGACCCUUGAAUAUUGCCAACUUGAACAAUGACGGGUCACAUUCAUUUAUUUUAGGUUUGAAGAGCGAGCAAUGGAGGCUUGAAGAAGGUCCUAUCGAGAACACGACAGGGAACUUGAUCUUCGACACUGUCCAUUCACUCUUACAACGCUGGCCAAAUACUCGGUAUCGUAAUGGACAUAACAUAGUACCGGGAGUAAUUCCAACUGGUACUUUACUUUAUCACGGGACCGUAAGCCAUACAAUACCCAGUGGUCCCUUCUGGGCCGCUACAGACCCAGAGCAUUCUCUUGUUUUCGCUCUUGGAUAUGGGAGUGGCUGGCAGCUCACACUGGCAGCAAUGCGACCUCUAAAAGUUUUGUACUUUGAUGGAAAUAGUGCUGCCAAGGUGUCCGAGGGUACAAUGGAUACGCAGGAUAUAAUAGCCUGGGGAGAAGUGCAACCCGAGCGAUACCGCGAUGACCAAUCACGGAUUAAAGAUCUCUGUAGGUGGGGACAGGAGUUCGGAAUCGAUGGUUUUGUGAGGAUGGAAAUGGACUUUGAAGUUAUGUUGUGUGAUGUUACCGCUGGUGUCGAGGUAGUAUCUUUCUUGCAUGUCCGUGUCUCAUGGAAGGAUAGAAUCCCGUACCCCGGUGUUCCUUCCACUCCCUCUAAUCCUGCAUUGGAUUCUGAUAUCUGGAAUCGCACAUUUGAAUCCAUGCACUCCGGCUCAUGGCACAAUCGCUACCCAGGAGAUUCUCGCAUUGUGCUCGACCUGGCUGGUCUCGUCUCACUGUAUGAUAUCGCACUGGCACCUUCCCUCGUUCCUGUCCGCGCAGGGCUUGAGCGGUGGGACCAUCGGGUGCUCGGAAUCUCAUCAGAGGAUAUAUCACAGGUGAAGAGAAAGCUGGCCGAGGUUAUCAGUCGACCAGAUCCAAGCAGCGGUAUAGACUGGAAGACCCUCACCCACGUCAUCGUUGAUCGAUAUGCGGAUCGGCUCGAGUUCAUGCAACAUCUCCUCAAUUUCACCUCAUCAGACUCGCAAGAACUCCUUCAGCGAGCAAUGCUCAUGCAGAACCAGCUCCGCGUUGUGUUUGCGCCAUAUAUAUUGAACGCUACUGUCGUCCCCAGCGCAGAUACUCCGGGCCUACCUCCAUUGCAGUGGGCAUCCCCAAUGUUCAGGUUAUGUGCCACAACGCACACUACUGCGAUGAUAAAUCAUGUACCCUUGAUGACGCCUUCAGAACGCCUGUUGCUCAAAGCCAUCGAGGACACAACGAGAGAAAUCUGUCGUGUCACUACGAAGAUGUGGGCUGUUGGUGUCAUGAGCGGGCUCGACGUCCUUUUCCCUCUAGAGCUUAAUGAGGAGGAGCUUGAUGUCGCUCAAAUAAUGAAUGAUUGGAGACAAGACACCCAGAAGCUGAUGUCUUGGUUAGACUGGAGUAUAUGGAUUAAAUGCCGACCUGCCUGCGGCCCAGAGGAAAUGUGUUAUAUUCCUACCUGGCCCAUCGAUGGCCCUGAGCCAUGGCCUCCACAUCAAUCUCCGCGGGACCCAGCAGAAGUAAAGAAUCUUGCUGAUCUAGUCGAGCAUCCACCCGAAGGUUCAGCAAGUGCAGAUGGAUUUUUCUUCAUUAGGAUACCCACGGAGGAAUGGAGGAAGCCUCAACCGAAGUGCAUUAGGCGUCUCUUGCCGUACGAAUCUUGA